AUGGAGCCUGAACCGGGGUGUUAUCGGAUUUGUCUUGCGUCGGAUUUUUUCUUUCCGAAUAUGGGAGGGGUCGAGCUUCAUCAGUAUCAAAUUUCUCAUUUUUUAGUGAAACAUGGACACAAAGUCGUCAUCAUAACACACCAGUAUGGCGAGCGUGAUGGGGUUAGGGUUUUAAAAAAUGGCAUUAAAGUGUAUUACAUCCCACUUCUCCCCGUUUUCAAUGAGUGUGUCUUCCCAACAGCGAUUUCCGAGCACUCCCUGAUACGAAACAUAUUAGUCAGAGAGCGAAUUGAAAUAUUUCACGCGCACCAGUCCUUUUCGUCAAUUAGUUUGACGACAAUGGACUACGCUCGCCUACUUGGUAUCCGUGUUUUUAUGACGGAACAUUCUUUGUUUGGAUUAAAAGGCCUAUCGAGCAUUUUAUUGAAUACGGUGCUCCAAUAUUCCCUUGCAAAUAGCGACGGUGCUGUCGCCGUGUCGCAUUGCACGAAAGAAAACUUGUGUUUGAGAGGGAAGUGUGACCCUUGUAAGAUCUAUGUCAUUCCAAACGCUUUGGAGAGUUCCAAGUUUUUACCAAAUCCGGAUAGUCGCGAUCCAAAUUGUAUUACCAUCGUAAUUUUAAGUCGAUUAGUAUAUAGAAAGGGGGUUGAUCUUGCAGUAGGUGUUAUACCCAAAAUCUGUACGAAAUACCCUAACGCCAAUUUCAUCAUUGGAGGAGAUGGACCGAUGAUGUUAAACUUUGAAGAGAUGAGAGAAAGGUAUCGGCUACAAAGUAGAGUCAAAUUAUUAGGAGCUGUACAACACUGUGAGACGCGGAAUGUAUUGAUUCAAGGCGAUAUAUUCUUAAAUUGCUCACUCACAGAAGGGUUUUGUAUUGCUAUUAUUGAGGCGCUGAGUUGUGGAUUGCACGUUGUGUCAACUCAUGUCGGCGGAGUGCCUGAAGUGCUUCCAAACAAUAUGAUUAAAUACGCAAUGCCAACAGUGGAGGAUGUCUAUCACAAGAUCGAGGAGCUCAUCCCAACUUGCAAAGAAAAGAAGGACUGGGAAUUCCACAACGCCGUUAAGAAGUUCUACUCAUGGGAAAAAGUCGCAACAAGAACAGAAAAUAUGUAUCGCAAUGUUUUGAAGACACCACACUGCGACAAAUUUGAACAUAUCCACAAAAUGUACUAUGAAGGUGUGUGGUCUGGACCAUUCUUAUUCUUCUUGCAUUGGUUCGCCUUAUUCUUCCAGUUUAUCUUCGAGAUAUUUUGGCCCAAAGAUACGAUGGAAAAGGCAUAUGAAAUACCACGAAAGUACUACAAGAAUGGUCUUAUUAUGAAUAUUGGUGUUGAUCAAACAAAAUAA